AUGAGGAAUCUCUCGGUGGUGACCGAGUUUAUUCUGCUGGGCAUCCCGCACACAGAGGGUCUGGAGCCCAUGCUCUUUGUCCUGUUUUCGUCCUUCUACAUCCUCACCCUGAUGGGGAACCUGCUCAUCCUCUUGGCAAUCGUCUCCUGCACUCGGCUUCACACUCCCAUGUACUUCUUCCUGUGCAAGCUGUCUGUGUGUGACAUAUUUUUCCCUUCUGUGAGUUCCCCCAAGAUGCUGCUCUACCUCUCAGGGAACAGCCGAGCCGUCUCCUAUGAAGGCUGCGUGUCCCAGCUCUUCUUUUACCAUUUCCUCGGCUGCACUGAGUGUUUCCUGUACACGGUGAUGGCCUACGACCGUUUUAUUGCCAUAUGUCACCCUCUACGCUACACGAGCAUCAUGAGCCACAGAGUGUGUGCCAUCCUGGCCAUGGGGACCUCAUUUUUUGGCUGCAUUCAGGCCACCUUUCUAACCACUCUCACCUUCCAAUUGCCCUACUGUGGCCCCAAUGAGGUAGACUAUUACUUCUGCGAUAUCCCAGUGAUGCUGAAGCUGGCUUGUGCUGACACCUCGGGUCUGGAGCUGGUGGGGUUCAUCAGUGUGGGCCUCAUGCCCCUCAGCUGCUUCCUUCUCAUUCUCUCCUCCUACAGCUGCAUUGUCUGUUUCAUCCUGCAGAUCCGCUCUGCCAAGGGCCGACGUCACACCUUCUCCACCUGCAGUGCCCACCUCGCUGCCAUCCUGCUUUUCUACAUGCCAGUGGUGCUCAUCUACCUAUGGCCAACCCCAAGCCCCUGGAUGGAUGCAACAGUUCAGGUGAUGAAUAACCUGGUCACCCCCAUGCUGAAUCCCCUGAUCUACAGCCUCAGGAAUCAGGAGGUGAAAUCUUCACUGAGGAAGGUGCUGCAUAGGCUGGGCUUCCUUCCCGAGCAGUUGGAGAGAGAGAUUGGUAGUUAA